AUCGAUAAGUAAAAACAAAUGACGAAUUCGCGCGGAAUUGAAGCGUGUUAUCUUGUUGCUUUGUGUAUUGUUUAUGUCAUUGUUUUGAUUCUCCUUUAGAAAAUAAUUAUGAUAAACCUCCUUGAAGAGCCAUGGUACCGACUAUUCUGCAAGAGAAGAGAUUUGAAUCUGCAGUACACGUUAGGUGGCGGACAAUCUUUCAGGUGGAAGAAGAUUAACGAAAAUGAAUGGUGGGGAAUCUUCUGCAGCAGAUUUUGGAUGUUAAAACAAACAGAUAACUUCAUACUAUACAAAGUUGCUAAACAAGUUGCACCUUCUAAGAAGUGUUCUGUUUUGCUUAGUGAGCUGCAUGAAGAUUUGUCUCUAAAAAAAUUCCUUGCUCAUUUAAGUACAAACUCAGUGACUCUUAGUGAAGAAGAAAAGAAACUUCAAAUAUGUGAUACAGCAGAUGAACUGAAUGGAAUGCUGCUCUGUAAAUACCUUAGACUGGACACUAAUUUAGAAGAGUGCUAUAACCGUUGGGGUCAACGUGAUCCUAUAUUUCAGAAAGCAGCUAGCAAAUGUUAUGGUGUAAGACUUCUGUGUCAGGAACCACUAGAGACAAUACUGACAUUCAUUUGUUCAUCAAACAAUCACAUUAAAAGAAUUACCUCCAUGAUAGAGAAAUUGUGUUCAUUGUAUGGGGAAGAAAUUGGGGUUAUUGAUGGUGUGAAGUAUUUUGAUUUUCCUGAUGUAGAGCAGCUUGUGGCACCUUCUGUCCAUGGUGCACUGGCAAAAGCAGGAUUUGGGUAUAGAGCUGGCUUUAUUCACAAAUCAGCAUGUAUGAUCCAAGAGUUGGGUGGAUACGAGUGGAUAUAUAAGCUUAAGCUGCUGCCGUAUGAAGCUGCAAGGAAAGAACUUGUAAGGCUGCCAGGCGUUGGCUUCAAGGUAGCAGAUUGUAUAUGCCUUAUGUCAUUGGGUCACUUAAAUGCAGUACCAGUGGAUACACACAUACAUCAGGUUGCAAAACAGCAUUAUAUGAAAAGUCUGCGAAAUGCAAAAACCCUCUCUAAUACUUUGUAUUUGGACAUUAUGAAAUUCUUUCAGGACAUUCAUGGCCCAGAUGCUGGAUGGGCACAGACGGUAUUGUUUUGUGCUGAUUUGAAGAAUAUUGGAAAUGAGCAAACUCCUGAAGAAAAUGGUACAGGAGAAACAAAAACAAAAAAGAAGCGGACUAAAUAAAUGAAAGUGGCAAACUAUUGAGUCCUGUCCCCAUGUCAAGUAACAGAAAGAAGCUGAUAAAAAAAAACUGUAAAGAUGUAGCAGGUUACACCUUCUGAGUUUAAUGAUAGUGGUGGGCGAAAGAAUGUUAGAAACUUUUACGGUCUGCUCUUGAAGGGAACAUAUUAAUAUUUUAUAAAGUGAAUGACAAUUUGGUUAUAUAUGAAGAGCUUAUUUCAAUAGUGGUACAAGUCCAUUCUUGUUCAUUCUGAGAUACAGAGUCCUAAAGUUAACUGAGCUCUGAAAAAUCUUCAGUUGAGAUACCAGAAAUAUUCAUGUAUUAUACUUGAAUAUUUCUGAUAUCUCAACUGCAGAUUUUUCAGCACUCAUUUAACUUUAGGACUCUAUCUCAGAAUGAACAAAAAUGGACUUGUACCACUAUUGAAAUAAGCCCUUCAUAUGUAACAGUCAUUUGGGAGAUCUGUCUAAUGUGCUAGAGAAAGAAGUAAAUCUGCUAUUGAGAGUAAGCCAGAUGAUGAUCUUCAAUUGCUAGUUCCCCAAGGUAGGAUGCACUUUACUUUUGACAUUCUGUGGCUUGCUGUUAUGAGUCCCACCAAUUUGUGACAUAACAUUUUAACUUAUUUACAUAAACUAAAAAAGUCAUUGUUCAGUUUUUAUAAUAUUUUUUCAUGUUUGAAAUUUCUCAGAUAAAUGGAAGGUGUUUGUUGUCAGCUACAACAGAUUUCAUACACACAAAUCAUUUUGAAGCAUUAUGCUCACUAUGAUUAUGUAAUUGUUUUGUAGCAGCAUGUGUAGACUCUUUGUGUUCACUGUGUGUGUAUUACAAUUACUGUAAAUAAUGAGAGACUAUGAAGUAAAAGUAUGACUAUAGUAUUACUGUUUUAAAUUAUCUUAUUGUCCUGCUGUGAUAUGACAGACUUUGUAAUUAUUGUGUUGUUCUGUUAGACGUAAUGGAAUCUUCAAGUAAAUUUACAAAUUUGUAACCACUUAAUUAUCAACUUCACAGAUUUAUUGCAGUGAUCUGAUAACAAUUUGUAAAGGUCUGUCAUACAGUGUUAUGUUGUUUCUUUUAUAAAUACAUGAUACAUUUGGAGAAGUAUAAUUAGUUGGCUCUUUUUGCCAUGUUACAUAACUAUCCGUGUUCAGGCUCACCAAAUUUACUUCUCGACUCCUAACUGCUGCAAAGUAGCUUUUCAUAUGAAAAAAAGUGUUGUGAGAAUAAAUUGCAGACAUUUAGUUUUCAGUCUUUUUAAAUGGUUUAUCAUCCCUUUGCCAGCUUUUGCGGAGACACUCCAAGCUGAUCACCAGAUGACGAAUAUUCAGAGAAAUGUACAGCUAAUUGAUGUUUUCAUUAAAUGACUGUGAACUUCCA